AUGGCUUCGACACCCAUCAAUCCAAGGACCUUCGCUGCGAAUGCAAAACCCGGUUUAAAAGCUAGUCCUUCUCCAUUUCCACGAACCCCGCGACCCUCGAACAAGAACAGGAAUCCCUACGAGUUAGGAUUAUCGUUGAAGAAAAUAAUUGGAACUACAGUAUCUUCUCCACCAUGUUUCGACUGUCUUUCUACCUCUCGGAUAUUUGCAUAUACAGCUGGGGCCGCGGUAGUGGUUGUUGAUAUUGAUGAUGAGGGGAGACACUCCCAACGUUUUUUCCGGGCUUCUCCAACAGCAGUCGCCGCCAACACAAGUAAUGUAGCUCUAGGUGGACCUUCAACACCUGCCAACAAUGCCAAUGAUGGCAGAAACGGAAAAGGGUUUCGAGAUGCUGCAAUCCCAUAUGCACCAUCCACUGCACAUACGAGUCUAGAAUCAGGUGACUCUUCAUCAAAGACAUGGUCAAGCAGGGAAAGGAUUAAAGCGGCUACAUGUGUUUCUAUUAGUUCUGAUGGUCGCUUUUUGGCUGUGGGCGAGACAGGAUACGCACCUAGAGUUUUAAUAUUCUCUUUGCAAGACAGUUCUUCAGAUACACCGCUCGCCAUUCUUACCGAGCAUACAUAUGGCGUCGCCGCCAUAUCGUUCAGUCCCGAUGGCAAAUAUCUUGCCAGCUUAGGUAAUGUUAACGAUGGAUUUCUUCACGUUUGGUCCAUAAAUCCAAAGAAUGGAACAGCAAAGCUACAUUCGAGCAACAAAUGUACUAGUUUCAUCAAGCAAAUGUUGUGGUUAGGAGGGAACGUUGUUACUGUGGGAACUCGCCAUAUAAAAGUAUGGAGAGUCGACGAUGGCCGAUGUCCCUCACCAAAACAAAAAUUUGCACUUGACGGUACACCAUUACCAAUGCCAGUGCAACAAGCGCUCAAAACCCUUACUGGCCGGAACUGUUUACUCGGACCAUUAGUAGAUGCGACUUUCACAUGCGUGGCUUCUUUGUCUGACCACAGGGCCAUUGUUUGCUCGGAAAAGGGAGAUGUUUGCCUCCUGGACAGCACAGAAGGCCAAAAACUGAUCAAAGUUUUGAGCACCGGAUUUCCAGUCACAUGUAUAGCUAUUGAGAUGGAAACUCGGCAGGUAAGGAUAGGAGGCCGUAAUGGUAAAGUCAAAACGGUAUCCUUAGAUACACUUCUAGCACCAUCUACUCCUCCAUUAUCACCCCUCCCGUCAGAUGAAUCUAAUGACGAGGUUGACCCUGGUCAUCUGUGUGCUAUGGGCUACGCUGGAGGUAACUUCGUUACGAUUGAUUCUAGACAUACGAUUGAGAUAUGGGGGAAAGAUGACGAGGACGCUGAUCAUGGGUUCCAAAACACACUUCAACCCGCUCAUGGUGACGCAGUAAUGGGUGUCCAGCUCUUACCCGAAAUCAAUCAGAUGGGAGCAGCAUUCCUUACUUGGUCUGUCAAUGGCAGUCUUGCUUUUUGGGACUUGCAUGGCAACAGCAAAGGAUCGAUUACAAUCGGCAUAGAUCAAGUGUCUAUAGAAGAAGAAGCUGCCAACUCAUGUCAGGUCGUGAGAAUAUCAAAGGAUGCUUUGUUCCUGGUUUCUGGAGAUAAGUACGGGGUUUUGAAAAUAUUAGAUCCAUCCACGGGUGCAUGCACCUUUGAGACACGUGCUCAUUCUACCGAGAUUCAAGAUAUCACCAUUUAUGAGGAUGAUACAUCAACGAUGAUAGCUUCAUGUAGUCGCGAUCGGACCAUUCAAUUGUUCCGUCUCGUCUCAGAUAAGUGGGAACUGGUACAAACUUUAGACGAACAUACUGCUGGCGUAUGCGGUUUGUUCUUCGCCGAGAAUGGCGAGAAACUCAUAUCUUGUGGAAUGGACAGGACAAUUCACAUCCGGCAACUUGUAAAAAAGGAAGUAGCGGAAGGAAACGCGCUGGCUGCCGUCCCAGUCCGUAUCAUCACUUUGAAAGCUGCGCCCGUCUCGAUGACGCCCUGUCUCGGUCCUCAAGUAGGUAAUAUUGUGGUGUCUUUAUUGGAUCGCACUGUAGCUACAUACGAAAUAGCUACUGGACGCCUUGUCAACUCAUUUCGAGCAACAGACUAUGAUGGAGCAGACGCUGUCGCUCUGGACUCUCUUGUGAUGGGUACGCCUAGUGUACUUUCUGGCAAACCUAGUACAAUUCUCGCUGGUGUCUCGACUACCGAUAAGUCUGUUCGUAUCUAUGACUGGAGUACUGGAUCUUUCCUAGACCGCGAAUGGGGGCACACUACUUCCGUGUCAGGCGUCGCACUUCUGGAGAACAUCGAUUCGUCGUCUAGAGUUUUGAUAAGCACAGGGCUAGAUGGCACAAUCAUGAUGUGGGACAUUGCUUCUAAUGCCACCACCUACUCACAAAAUCAGCCUGAGUCAAACGACGGUACCCAAGAUGAGACACCACCGAAGGAUCCACCGACCUCGCGCCAGCCAUUGAGACGGGUAUUAUCGAAAGCUGAACUUGCCGAGUUUCAACGAGCGUCACCAACAGCUACUCCUCCUGGGUCGUCUUCGCCACCUAGGGUGAUCAAACGUAAGACCUCGAAAUACAGCUUGGCGAAUCAGAACCCCACCUUAUCAAUUCCAUCUGUGCAAGCUGUGCCAUCUAAACAUUUCGCAUCUGCAUCAGACGAUACAGGACGUAGAUCGUACCCAAGGAACAGAUCUCGGAGUCCAAACAGUCCUCAAACAAGAGAGGUCAGACGUCCUUCGACGGCGUCGGUAGACUUACGGGGCCGGGGCAAAAGUUCAAGCAGUGGCAUAACUGAAUCCGGGUCACUUAACAUGGCGACAGAGCAAGCUUGUCGAACACUUAGAGCGUACCGAAGAAAGCUGUUAUCUACUGAGACUAUAGAUGAAGAGUGUCUAAAGGAGCUAGACCAGGAGUUGCGACUAACCUCGGUAGCACUGGGGGACAGAAGCCAAAAGUCUAGAACUAUUAGUGAGACAGUUUUAGCAGGAAUACUUGACCAAUAUUCCGACAGACUAGUUUCCAUGUUCGAUGAGAAGUUAAGAUUAAGUCAAUUGGGCCCAAACAGAAUGGUAGAGUCUCCUACCGAGAUGGUCGAACGCCCAAGAACGGCUGACAGAUCCAGUGAAGACGGAGAGUUUCUUGAUUGUCAUUGA